UACCUUGAACAGCAUACUAACUUCUCCAUCUCUGGCAACAUGAGUUACUACAACAGCUACUCUGGAGGCCUGGGCUAUGGCUAUGGAGGCCUCCGGGGCCUGGGCUAUGGCUAUGGCUGUGGAUGUGGCAAUUUCCGCAGACUGGGCUAUGGAUCUGGGUAUGGAGGCUAUGGAUAUCGCUCUGGGUACGGAGGCUACGGAUAUGGCUCUGGGUACGGAGGUUACGGAUACGGCUCUGGGUACGGAGGCUACGGAUACGGCUACAGGCGCCCACUUUCCUAUGGAGGAUAUGGAUUCUCCACCUUCUACUGAAAGGCUGGCAUAGGAAAUCAACACUUGAAACCAUAAGAAGACUAACUAAGUAAAGCAAAUAUCGAAUCUAUAUUACUGUGGACAGUCCCUACUUUGAUAUGUAUAGAAUAUUCUGGUUUAAUUUGCAAUAAAUUAUUCUACUGAAAUCG